CGAUGCUCGGAGGUCCGAUUCGAUUCGAUCCGAGCACACAGAAGCCCUCGGAAUCGGAAUCGGAAUAGGAAUCUGAAUCUGGGGGCAGCAGCUGCUGGUGAUAACAAGGCGGAUCGGCUUUCCAACAAAACAAUAACAGAACUGCCGUCAGCUCACGUAGUACGCCGGCAGAUUUCAGUCGCAAACGUUCGACGAGAGUCGAAAGUCAAGAGUUAUCGAGCGGAAUUCGAGAGAUUCUAUUGAGAUAUUCUAUCCUAACCCUGAGAUGCGCAGCCUCAGCCGCUUUCGCCUCAUCACCUUCGACGUGACCAACACGCUGCUCCAGUUUAGGAGCACUCCGGGCAAGCAAUAUGGCGAGAUUGGAGCCCUGUUCGGAGCCAGAUGCGACAACAACGAGCUGGCCAAGAACUUCAAGGCCAACUGGUACAAGAUGAACCGGGAUUACCCCAACUUUGGACGCGACACGAAUCCGCAGAUGGAGUGGCAGCAGUGGUGGCGUAAGCUGAUAGCAGGCACUUUUUCGGAGAGUGGAGCGGCCAUUCCCGACGAGAAGCUGCACAACUUCUCCAACCACCUCAUCGAGCUGUACAAGACCUCCAUCUGCUGGCAGCCCUGCAACGGCAGCGUGGAGCUCCUUCAGCAACUCCGCAAGGAGCUGAAGCCGGAGAAGUGCAAGCUGGGGGUGAUUGCCAACUUCGAUCCGCGGCUGACGACGCUGCUCCAGAACACCAAACUGGACCAGUAUCUUGACUUUGCGGUCAACUCGUACGAGGUGAAAGCCGAAAAGCCGGAUGCGCAGAUCUUCCACAAGGCGAUGGAGAAGGCCGACUUGGAGAACCUCCGGCCGGAGGAGUGCCUGCACAUUGGCGAUGGACCCACCACCGACUACCUGGCCGCCAAGGAAGUGGGCUGGCACUCGGCGUUGGUGCACGAGAAGAGCUACGCGUAUCUGGUCAAGAAAUACGGCGAGGACAUCGACAGGGACCACGUCUUCCCCAGUCUGUACGACUUCCACAAAAAGAUCACGGACGGCUCGGUGGUCUGGUGAUUGAUUUUAUAUAUAUUAAAGUAGUAAAGCCAAA